AUGGAAGAAAAUCAGGGAGUGAAGCUCUUGGGAUUUUGGGUGAGCCCAUAUGUUCUAAGAGUGAAGUGGGCACUGAAACUGAAGGGGAUAGAGUAUGAAUACAUUGAAGAAGACGUAUUCAACAAGAGCCCUUUACUUUUGAAGCUGAAUCCUGUUAAGGGACAAGUUCCUGUGCUAGUUCAUGAUGGAAAACCAAUACCAGAGUCAAUUGUAAUCCUGGAAUAUAUUGAUGAAGUGUGGAAACAUAGUCCUUUGUUGCCUCAAGAUCCUUAUGAAAGAGCCAAUUCUCGUUUCUGGGCUAAAUUUGCUGCAGAAAAGCUUCAAGCAUAUGCAUGGGAAGCUCUAUGUUCAAGAGGUGAAGACCACGAAAGAGCCAUAAAAGCAUCUAUGGAGGCCUUGGAGAAGAUGGAAAAGGAGCUAAAUGGGAAAAAGUUUUUUGGAGGAGAUAAAAUUGGUUUUGUAGACCUUGUGGCUGGCUUCAUUUCUUACCAACUCCCCGUGUACGAGGAAAUUGUUUCGAUGAAAAUUCUUGACUCGUCAAAAUUCCCAGCUAUCACAAACUGGAUCAAUAAUUUUCUCAACCACCCUCUGAUUAAGGAAGAGUUGCCACCAAAGCAUAAGAUGCUUGCUUACUUUUCCAACCGACGCAACGUUAUACUGGUUCAGAAUUCAUCAAACAAGUGAUCAAGAACUAAAACAUGUAGGGAAUGAUAAUUUUAUGUCCUAAUAAUGUUUUCCUCUUGAUCAGUAUGUACAAUGUGCAUUUUUGCUUUCAUUUGCCUUGGAAACUCUAUGUUCUGAUAUAUUGUAUCUACUUGAUA